GGUCGCGGAAUUCCGUCCGCUAGGGAUAUUCAAAUUUGGGACGACGUCCCUGCUACGGUCCCGACGCGCGGAAUGGAAUCGAGAGGGAAAGGAGGCGGAGUCGGUUUAAGGGUUACCGAGAUCGAAACAGCUGCCGAUGGCUUGGGAAGAUCGGAAAUCUUUCACAUAGUCAAGGAGAUCCUCGGUUUCGUCCUCUACAUGCACCACCAGAUCCCUUCGAUUUUGCAGCACCUUGAAAAUGAAUAUGAUACUCUAAAGGAAGAGCAUAAAAGCUUGGAAGAGACAGUUUUAAAACCUAUAGAAUCGAAGCCGUCUUUUCAGAGGAAGCAUAACUUGAGAAAAAGAGAGGUGAAACAGGGAAUCAAGAGGCUGGAAAAAUUGAUGAAUUCCAUUUCUAGUUUACUUUCUGCUCUUCAAGGGGCACUGGAUGAAAUGCCUAACAUCCAGGGAGUUACUAUGGUUCUUGGAGCAAGUCCUCUACGACCUCAACAUGUUUACCAGAUGUUAUUUUUCCAUGGGAAAUUUGAUUAUGGAAGUGCAAAGGACAGCACUAAGAGUAAAGUUGCUGAAGCUCUUUCAAGAAAGGCUAUUCGAGCCCUAAUAUCAAGUGGUGCAGGGAGUUCUUCCUAUGCAGGCCCAUCUAAAUUGUUCUUGCUGGUCAAAAGUACAAGUACCUUCAACUUACCCCUGCAUUUCCUGCCCAAGCGUGAUUUCCAUUACAGCAAGAAGAACUUUCCUCAUUUUGUAGCAACACUACAGAUUGCACCAUUCAACUUGAAUAUAAAGUGUAAGAUUCCAGAUCGAGUCAUCAAUGAUUCACAACAUACUUCAAAGGUUGCAAGUUCCUCUUGCCUCUCAGAUUCCACUCUGAAUGAUGUCAUCUGGUUCCAGUGCAGACAUAUAAUUAAGGGUUUGGCUUCUAAGACCCCAAUAGAAUGUUGAGACGUCAGAAUCCACAUGUCAUAUCAGAUUGUUGGUGUGUUGCUUCUGUUCCUUUCCAGUUUUCCUCUUAACUACUUUUGGAUGAGUUAAAAGAAGCAACCAUAAAACUAUCAAUUCUCCAAAUAGAGGUUUGUGCUUCUGUGCGUGUUCUUCUGGGGUACAAAGGAUUUGAUGCAGCAUUUUGUCGUGAUUGAGAGUUUCAUUCUCUGGUGUAUCAUUGCCUUACAUAUGUAGAAGGAUUGAGCCAUUAAAGGAUUGCCAUUAUCCUUGGGAUUAUGUAAUUGCUUGUUUUGAAGUAGGGACAGCAUACCACAUAAGCUUCUUAUCAUGUUAGUCGCUAUAUAGCUUGAUU